AACAAUGUGGUGGGCGAGCAGAGCGCGAUGGUUGUUCUCGGCUUUGCUCGACGUGGGCGGAGUCGGACUCCGGGCUAGGCGGCGCACUGCCUCGAGCGGCCUGGAGAUCACGGGCUCCUGCGGGGGCGAGCUACAAGGCGAGCUGGACAGAUUUGGGGGCAUCUCGGUGCACUUGUCGCGGCACCGCACCCUGCACCGGCUGGAUGCCGCCGCCUUCCGGAGGCUCUUGCAGGGCAAGUGCGGUCUCGGGCCCCGGAAACCAGGGCGGAGCGUGUGGGCUCUGAGGUGAAAGCUGAAAUGACACACAGCGGUCCUCUAGCUGUGACCUGGAAGUGCCCUCAGCCAUGUCCGGGUCCAAAUCCUGGAUAUUCACCCUGGAUAUUUGCCCUUGAGAUUGACGCGGGGUUCGCAGCGCCUAGCACGGUGUCAGCCACUCGUUUAACUCUUAGUAAACACUGACAAUCUCACUGUGUCCUACCUUGCAGCCUUAGUUUUGCUGGUGCUUAGAUUCUGCCAUACGCUUUGCCAGGCAAAACUGUCUCCUAAUCCGGACGGGUAGGAAGGCAAGUCAAGAACAGUGCUUGUUUCUACCCGCAGAUCUUUGCAGUUUUCAUUAGCAACAUAUCUCUGGCUUUGAACGGUGAGCCCAGUUAUCUGAAAGGAAACUUGAGUGAAGGAGCCCUCACUUUGGGAUAAGUGUCUGAUUUGUUUAGAGCAGUCUGUUUUUCAAACUGAAGGCGUAGCAUGGAAAUUUAGUAAUGGAAAAGAACCAGGAAUCCACAAAUGAUCUUUAUUCUGUGAAUAAAUAUGGCAAGUUAGCUUCUCUAAUGCUGUUUGUGCUUCAAACCAAUCUACUUCACAUCACCUCUCCUGCUUAUAAGACUUCAACAACAUCGCCAGUAGGAGACUCGAAUCUAUUCAUCCUCUGACAUGUACACGCAUAUGGAUGAGCACAGCCGCCAUUCAGCAGUGGCGAGCGGAAGGAAGGAUCGCUGCAUGGCUGCACAUCCCCAUCCUGCAGAGCCACUUCAUCGCCCCUGCUGCCUCUCUGGGCUUCUGCUUCCACCACGCAGAGCCGCACUUGUCAACGCUGACUCUGUGGUUGGGAGAAGGACCCAGCAGACUCCCGGGGUAUGCCACACACCAAGUAGGGGUUGCAGGUGCCGUAUUUGAUGUUAGCACCAGGAAAGUACUGGUUGUACAAGAUCGAAAUAAAUUGAAAAACAUGUGGAAGUUUCCAGGAGGCCUGUCAGAGCCUGGAGAAGAUAUUGGAGACACAGCAGUCCGAGAGGUGUUUGAAGAGACUGGUGUCAAGUCAGAAUUCAGGUCUCUGUUGAGCAUCCGGCAGCAACACAGGAGCCCUGGGGCCUUUGGGAUGUCAGACAUGUACCUGAUCUGCCGCCUGCAGCCGCGUUCCUUCACCAUCAACUUCUGCCAGCAGGAAUGCUUGAAGUGUGAAUGGAUGGAUCUAGAAAGCCUGGCCAGGACUAAACACACAACCCCCAUCACCAGCAGGGUGGCUAGGCUACUACUAUACGGACACAGGGAAGGGUUUGACAAGAUUGACCUCAGCAUGGAGGAACUCCCUGCAGUAUACACAGGCCUGUUCUACAAGCUCUACCACAGGGGACUGCCUGAGAGGUACAAGGCCGAAAUGGGAACAGAUUGAAUGCCAGCCUUCCUCACAUACUUGAUUUCCAGGGUAGAAAUUCACAAAUGUAUAUAUGUUUAAAUCCUCUUUUCAAAUAAAGGAAAUACGUGACAAA